AUGAAGAUGAACAAACGUUUCAGUUACAUUGCCUUAAAAAAUGCCUUUUAUCCUCAAGCUGGCAUUGGGAUCUCAGCAAACUCGGGCCUUCUUUCCCCGCACAUUUCAAUGUUCUCCGUGGGCCCCAAGCCCAAGCUCACGGACCUGACCGUCACCCACCUGGCUGUGGUCCACAUAGUGAUGCUUCUCACCAGGGGGCUCCUGCUGUCCAUGGACCUGUGGGGAGCACGUGACGCUCAGAGCGACAUCUGGUGUAAAGUGAUCGUCUUCCUGAACAAGCUAAUGCGGGGAGCUCUCCAUUGCCACCACGGGCCUCCUGAGCACCCUUCAGGUCGUCACCAUCAGCCCCGCAACCUGCUCCUCUACACGGUGGCCACACCCAGUGAGCCCCAGCCUGGACUCCUCUUCCUCACGGACCACUGCUCCUUCUUGCCCAUGAGCUCUGUGCACAGGGCCCUGUCCACCCUGAUGGCAUUCAGAGAUGUCUUCUUCAUUGGGCUCAUGGCUCUUUCGAGUGGCUACAUGACACUUGUCUUGUACAGACAUGUGUGGUGGUCCCAGCAUCUCCACAGCCUGAGCUGUUCUCCAAGGAGCUCCCCAGAGAAGAGGGCCACUAAGACUAUCCUGCUGCUGGUGAGCUGCUUUGGGAUUGGAUACUGUGUGGACAUCAUCGUUUCGGUUUCCACAGGCACGACAUAG